UCGCCACACGCGUGCGUGCGCGCGCGCGCACACAAAUAAUCACGAGGCCCUCGCCGCGGCACCAUCAUUCAUUCCACUGACGGACUCCUCCUCCUCCUCUCUCUCCUUUCCUCACGCACACCCCCGCUGACGGUCGUCAGUUCUCGCAACGGCCGCAGCAGACCACGCCCCGCUGCUCCUUCUUCUUCUUCCUCCUCCUCCUCCUCCUCAUCCAAGCAGAGAGGGAAAGCCAGAGGCAGAGGGACGAGCGAGGGUCCCGGCGGCGAUGGAGCAGUACGAGGUGGUGGAGCAGAUCGGCCGGGGCGCCUACGGCUCCGCCUACCUCGUCCUCCACAAGGCCGAGCGCAAGAGGUACGUGAUGAAGAAGAUCCGCCUCUCCAAGCAGAACGACAAGUUCCAGCGGACCGCCUACCAGGAGAUGUCCCUGAUGGCAAGCCUCAGCAACCCGUACAUCGUCGAGUACAAGGACGGAUGGGUGGACGAGGGGACCUCCGUCUGCAUUGUCACUAGCUACUGCGAAGGAGGGGACAUGGCCCAGAGGAUCAAGAAGGCAAGGGGAAUCCUAUUCUCAGAAGAGAGGGUGUGUCGGUGGUUCACGCAGUUGCUCCUCGCCCUUGACUACCUGCACUGCAACCGCGUGCUGCACCGUGAUCUCAAGUGUUCCAACAUUUUAUUGACAAGGGAUAACAAUAUCAGACUCGCUGACUUUGGGUUGGCGAAACUGCUCAUGGAGGACCUUGCCUCGUCGGUUGUUGGAACCCCAAACUAUAUGUGUCCAGAAAUACUAGCAGACAUACCUUAUGGAUACAAAUCCGAUAUAUGGUCACUUGGUUGCUGUAUGUUUGAGAUUUUAGCACACCGUCCUGCAUUUAAAGCUACAGACAUGGCAGCAUUAGUCAACAAAAUAAACAGAUCUUCAAUAUCUCCAAUGCCCCCAAUAUACUCAUCAGCACUAAAGCAGAUAGUGAAGAGCAUGUUAAGGAAAAAUCCAGAACAUAGGCCUACUGCUGGGGAGCUGCUGAGGCAUCCACAUCUGCAACCAUAUCUGGCUGAAUCGUGCAGCUGUUCACCAAUCUAUCUUCCAGUGAAGCCCAACAAAAGUAACCUGGUAGACAAGCAAUCAAAGAAGCCAAGCAGUGGCAGAAAGCGAACUGUGAAAGCCAAUGGAUCCAAUGAAACAUUAGAUACUGCAGCAGAGCACACUGUGGAAGCAAGAGACAGCUCGACGAACUUUUCAGAUGUAUCAACUAUUGGUACCCAGGAAGCCUUGAUUUUGCAAAUGCCGGUGGAUCUUGAUGCCAGAAGCAAAGAACAGCAGAACAGCGAUGUUCUAUCAAUUCAGCAUGCAGCAGAGAACUUGAUGGCGACAACUGAUCAACAGAUCAAUGCGACUAUACGUCUUAAAGCAAUACGAACCAGUAAUGUAAAAGAGGAGGCCCCAGUCACUGUUGCAAAUCAAAAGUUUAAUGAGGCACCAAUACCAAAUGAGGAAUUGACAAUUGGAGUAGUGCAAGAACAAAGGAAGGAUGUGAAGCCACGCUCUUAUCCGGCAGCAAAACCAGAGUUGUGCGACACAACUAUAACAGAAGAAUCAUCGCCCAUUAGCACACUAAAACUGGCGCAUACAGAGAGCGCGCCUGCGGAGUGGGAUCAUCUGAACAUAGUUCAGCAGAGAGCCGAUGCCCUGGAGUCACUCCUUGAGCUCUGCGCGAAGCUCCUGGAGCAGGAGAGGCUCGAUGAGCUCGCCGGUGUUCUUCGGCCAUUCGGUGAAGGAGCCGUGUCAUCCAGAGAGACGGCGAUCUGGCUGACCAAGAGCCUGAUGACUCCACCAAAGUUUGGAGAGUCCCCAACAAAGCUUCUGUAACAGAGAUUGUAAUUUGUUUCUUCGACGAGUGCCAUUUCGAGAGUGUACAUAGCUUCAACAGAAUUCAAGAUUGCUGUGCUUACCGAGGCUUGGGCUUUAUUUAUCUUGAUGUAUAUGGUUUGCAUGACAGCAGCCAUUGACCAUUGUGAGCGCUGACUAUUUAUUUACCGGCCUUUUUUAUUUGUUGUACAAUGUAGCAUGAGCAUAAUUUCUGCUUCUGCUAGUGUUCAAGAAAUAAUGGAAAUCAUGCCGACUCCAUUUCUGUUUA